AUGACUCCGCCGGCCCGAGGACGAGGGACUAGCCAGCGCAGCCCAACCGUCUUGGUCACAGAUUCAAGAGACCAGCAACAGCCCCAGAUACCGCGACGACGCCGCUCGCCCGCAACCCGGUUCAUCACCGUCGACAACGUCCUCCAAUACGCCUCUGACGUCCCUUCAAUGCAGCAGCGCGGCCCACCACCAAUCUCACGGGCACGCCGUCUUGCCUCCGCAUCUGGAGGCUUGAUAACCAGCUCAGGCAGCAGCGCAGUAGCAGGAUCCGGCGGCACGAUGGGCCGACUCGCUGCGCAACCGCGACUCCCGCCUCGAACAACGAAAGUCAGUGAAAAGCUGGUUCUUCUGCCUGACACCGGCGAACUGGAGGAGGGCGAAAUUGAAGAAGACGAUGACUCCGAUGGUGCCGACCUCGUGGACGAGGAGCUUGUCGCGCGUCUAGCCAAGGAGAAAAAUAUCGACCCGGAAAGGAUCAGACGCCAAUUGCUUGUGUCGAAGCGACUUGGGGGUGAUUUCGGCAUUGAUAAUGAUUUUGCACCCCUGCUGGAUGAGGAAGAAGUCAUGAAGAAACGCCGUAUUGCUCCUGAGCGCGCGAAGAGUUAUGCGGAGCGGUUGCCAAAGGCGCGCCGGACGGAAAAGCUUGCGCGUGUUACGGCGUACUGUACAGCCCAGGCGUAUAAGAUGGGGUCGCUUGCUACUUUUGUUAAGGAGCAGCAUGGUGGACGGACAAAGCUCUAUGAUGAUUGUCUCUACACCGCGUAUCACCUCCCUCUUUUGCCGGGCCAUGAGGGGUAUCGUCUGCGGAGUAGCCCUGUGCUGAAAUACCCCGGUGGAAAAUCCUUGUUGGAUGAGGAGAUUGAACGGAAUGAACUUCGUGAUCAUCAUGAUGAAUAUAUGCUUGAGACGGAGGAGCAUUCGGUUGGUGGACACAAUCGUCCAGAGGAUGAGCACCAUUAUGAAGCGCCGCCACAGCCUGAGGGUCAUGAUUCCCAGGAGGGAAAUCAUGCGGAAUUCUUGAAUGGUGACAGUGAAGAAAUUCGUGGCCACCUCCUUGAUGACCAUGAACAAGCUACCAGCUCCGGCUCUAGUGUCGAUGGGUUGCAGCAUAUCUCGCCACUCCCGCAACCAGACAGCAACCAAGGGACUGGGCAAUCUUCGCCUGAACCUGCACUUCGCCGCCGAAGACACAGCACGGAUGAUACCCACACUUUUAUUCGAGACCGUCCUUCUCUGCCAGCCCCUACAUCCUCCUCGUCCUCAACACCGCAAGCCCCAGCUCGGACGUUAUACAAUGUGGCUGAAAUGUUCGUUUUCAGUUACGGCGUUGUCGUCUUCUGGAACUUCACCGAGCGACAAGAGAAAGACCUGCUGGCCGAUCUGGCAUUUGCAACAUCAUCUGCAACUGGUAUCCCUAUCCCUCUAGCGACGAUGCCUCUUGAUGAGGAGGACUUUGAGACAGAGGAGUUCCAUUUCGAGUAUUCGACUGAGAUCUCGCGCCCGCGAGUCUAUAACGAUAUGAUUACUCUUCGCAGUGGCGACCACAUGAUCAAGCUCGCUAUUAGCCAUGGUAUUGCACAGAGCACUAAACUCUGCUUCUUCGAGGAAGUCAUGGCCCGACAGAUGGCGGAUGCUAAAGACGUUCCCACACGUCUUGCAGUUUCAGGCCAACUGGGCAUGAAGCGCGAAGAAGUCUUCCGGAUCUUGGGUCGAUUGUUCAAGAGUCGUGUCGAGGUCAACCUUUCUUCUAAUAUGCUCGACGUCCCCAACUUCUUCUGGGAGAGCGAGCCAACCCUUUACCCGCUCUACCUCGCCGUGCGCGAGUAUUUGGAGAUCAAACCACGCAUCCAGGUCCUCAACGAGAGAUGUCGCGUAUUCCUCGAUCUUGCAGAAAUCUUGUCCGACUCGAUUGCCGACAACCGCACUUCCCACCAAACCUGGAUUAUCAUUGUCCUCAUCGUCAUUUCAAUCAUUGUUACAACCUCCGAGGUCUUCCUCCGCUUCGCUCUUCUCAAUUCAAGCCAAGGGUCUGCCCGUUCACCUGCUAAUAUCUUAGCCCGUGUCAUGGGCCGAUCUGUCGCCCCUUCUCCAUCCCCGGAGUGGUACCCAUACUCUGCCGCCAAUGCACCUCCAGGCUGCAUCUGUCCCUCUCUCGGACCUCCAGGCGCUGGAUCGGAUAUGGGCGUCAGCGGAAUGAUAGGAUAUUGA